GGCUUUUUGAUCUACCGGUAGUGCCCUUGUGCUUCGUCUUCCUACGUUGAUCUCAUACAACCCCCCACCCCCUCUUCCUCCUUCUCUUCCUUUUUCGUACUGUUGGGACCCCACUGGAUGAUGGACCAACAGCUUGGAAGCGUUGGCAGCGAUGAAGCGGGCAAUUGAACAAGCAGGAUCUGUGUGCGCUGGCUGGAUCUCGUCCUGCUUGUACUGCCCGGGCUCCGGGGGCGAUGAUGAAAGCUUCCGCCACCAACAGUCUUUGAAGCAAAAGGGGGCUGAGCGAGAGAUGAAAAUAUGUCAUACGCAACCUCAUCUCGUACCCCCGAUGAUGCUGGAGGUCGACAAUACUCUCCCAAGGCCAUGUCCACCGCCCCGAGCGUCGUCCAUCCCCUCAUGGAAACUGGAUAGUAGGUUAGGGACGCAGGCAUGCAGGCGAGCGAGUUUCUCUUUGAAGAGAAAAUCGACUGCCCCUCUACGAAUCAGUGGCCCAUCGGAAUUCAGAACAGUGUCCAGCUUUGCAACUUCUCCCAAGGGAUUCCAUCCUGACAGCUUCAUUCUCUUGACUCCUGAACAAUUUCGACCUCUCAAGCUAAGCUUCGAGUCUAUUGACAAUCAAUUGCCGGAUCUUCCCGAAUUUGAGAAAUAUCAUAUAGAGGGAGAACGUCCAGCGCUUGCACGACCCCCUCGCACUCUAAGAACUUCUGUCGAUUUGUCCCGUAUAUCCCGCUCCAAAUCUCACCGACCUUCGUCUUCCUUUCAAUUAGCACGGAAACCCGUCGGGUCAGGAUCCCGGCGAUCUUCUCUAGCUACUCUGGAGCAGCUCAUGGACAAACAAGUUCCUACGGCCAACCCCUUGAUCCCUCACUUUUCUACCCGUUCACACGCAGUUACUGGUCUGACUGCUAGCCUAAACCAUCCCACUUUGACCACGCUGGACUCAAACAAUGGUUGUGAGCCAGCAGUGUUGAAACCAGAGCCUCCUAAAGAGCCGCAAGCAAGCAGAGUCACCAUGCCCCCUAGGACUCCCACCAGCACCGCCAGUACCACCCUGCAGGACAGGCCAUUACCACCUAUCCCGGUCGAAGGUUCUCCUUUAUCAGGCACCACCCAACGACCCCCGACGACACCGACUGAGACCCGACCACCCACCACUCCUUCUGAGAACCGUGAUCAUACACCAGCAACAACAACACCACCCCGAUCCAGCCGCGUCACCCAAUGGCUCUUUCAAACAAGCAACAGGCCCUCCUCACCUUCAUCAUCCCCAUACCCUUGGAAAUCCACUGUCACCGACAAGAACCCCUUCCGUAUUCGCUCCCGUAAUCUCAGCGGAUCAACGUUCACCUCAGCUCUAACAGGUGGCUUUAAGACCACUCCAUCCUUAUCUAGCAACACUACAGCCGCCACUCCGUUCCGACCAUCCCACAGCGAGUCCAACCUUGAAAAGGAGCUUGACAUGUCUACGUCCUUUUCUCGGCCCUAUCUACCUAAACAAGCGGAUGAGCCCGCCGUCUAUCCUACAAUAUUCGAGGCCCCACAACAUCAGCAGAAUGGCUAUGAUGAAUUCGAUCACAACUACUAUACGAAUUAUCGUCGCUCUGCUGUUGGUUUGGCAUUCUAGAGAGCGUAUGUGUGGUGUUCGUGUAUAUACCUUCCAUGUUCGCACCUUCCUGAGUCAUUAAAAUGUUAUUUGGUAAUAAUUUCUCGGUUUGUUAUAUCCCUCUUUGUCUUAACGUCUAACUAUGAUUGACUCUUGUCUCUUUUGAGUCCCAUAAUUUCUUCUUUGCCUCUUGGCCUUUUGCCGGUGGAGAGGAGAUUCCAGGGAGCAAAUUUCAUAUGGGUGUUGCGGAUAACCUCUCGUAGUUCAUUGCCUUGCGCACUACUCCGUAUACAGCUAAUUAAAGUAGGUCGGGACCUACAUUUUACAAUAAGCCAGGUAGCAUACAAAGUACCUAGGGUUAAUAUGCCAAGGCGGUCGAAGAAGGACGUAAAUGCAAGAAG